AUGGACGCCAUCAAAGCCAUUCUCCUGCUCGCCGCCCUCUGCAUCGGAACAGCCGUUACCCUGCAGUGUUAUACCUGCACAGGCCAGUCCAGUAACUCCAACUGCAUGACUGCAACCAACUGCUCCGCAUCCAGCACUCACUGCAAGACCUCGGUGAUCUCCGGCGGAAUCGGAAGCCUCUCGGCCGCCACCAUCACCAAGUCCUGUGAAUCCGUCUGCGUGGAAACCAAUCUCAACGUGGUGUUGGUGUCGACGUCCGUGUCCUGCUGCAGCACUGACUUGUGUAACACCAGCGGGGCUGGCAGCGUGAGAUCCGGCUCCAGCCUCCUCGCCCUGGGGUUCCUCUUCGCUCUGACGAGAAGCUUUUCUCUGUGAUGUCCGGGAAUCUCAGGAACUUUAAGUCUUUCAACAAAAGAAGCCCAGAACCUCAGCCAUACCGGCCCCAUCUGGCCCCCGUCUAGUCGCCUGUUUCUCCUGCUGUAAAAACUCAAACCUUAAUCAGUCGUUGGUCUCGUCUUAGAUUCAGGAGCCGUAUGUCUAUCCCAUGCAUGUUUAAUACUCUCACUGUAUUACCCUCUACCACUUCUGCCGGGAGGCUUUUCCAUUUAUCUACCACCCUCUCAGUAAAGUAAAAACACCCUUACGUUAGAAAUCUGGUUUGGCUGAAAGGGCAUACGCUCUGCUUUUACUCCUGACCCUAAACGUGUUAUGAAACGGAAAUGAAAAUGUAUCACUAGAUCGGAAUCUUGUAUUUAUCGCACUGUCUGCGGUCCGUGUGCGAAUGUGGCGUUUCUGGCUGAUUGAUUAAAACAAGUGAUAAAAAAA